ACUUCAUCCUCGUCACCCAGAGCAUCAUUGCCUUCACCAGUACUUUCCUCCAGCUUGGAGACUGAGAGCGACCCUAUCAUGGACUGUGGAAGGGAAAGUCGCGGCGAGUUGUGGCAUUUCCGCUCUUUCUUUUGAUAAAGGAAUACAUAGCAACAAUUCCGAGGAGAGUUCAUGUAGAAGCCGCUCUUAUACGACGUUCACAGGCGAGCGUCACCUUAUGUAGCCGUUUAGACAUUUAACACUCAUAUCUUCAUUCACGAUCUUCAUCAUCAUCAGCCCUGGAAGACGUCGAGUCGUUUCGGACCCAAAGUCAUGGAUGUAUGGUUCUGUUCUGCGGUUUUCACCUGGAGGUUUAUCUUUCUUUCAAGCAUCUUCCAGGGCUACUGGAGCUCCAUGCUCGAUUGUCCGCCAACAUGCAGCUGCUCGCCCACUGAAAUCUAUUGCAAUAAGUCCGACAGUGGAAAUUUCUUCCCUUUACUCGCUCUACAAGACCCGACGGGCAAUGGCAGUAACAAUAAUGACAUUGAAGAGCUCUUCAGGAACAUCACGUCCAUACACAUAGAGAAUUGGACUGGACUGCAGAUUCUGAAGGAUGUUGACAUGGAACUGUACUCUGGACUCCAGAGACUGACGAUAACGAACUGCAAUUUACGGACCGUUCAGGCACGAGCGUUUGCGCAGAAUCCUCACCUCCGCUACAUUAACCUGUCCAGGAACCCUCUAUCCACGCUCUCCUGGCAGCUUUUCCAGCAUCUUCAACUCCUCGAACUGAGGCUGGAGGGGGUGGUCUUUGACUGUGGAUGUGACAUUCGCUGGAUUCAGCUCUGGCAGCAGCGAGGAGAAGCUGGGCUACACACCCAGCAGCUCUACUGCAAGAACGGAGCAUACAAGAUUCGCCUGAGAUCAAUGAGCAUUGCCCACUGUGACCUGCCAGACAUCAGUGUUGCCCACAGUAACCUCACUGUGAUGGAGGGAGAUAACGUGACGCUCAGCUGUAACGGUUCCGGCUCUCCAUUACCUGAGGUGGACUGGACCGUGCACGGCCUUCAUUCCAUCAACACGCACCAGUCGAAUGUCUACUGGCCCAACAUUCACUCCAUCAACCUGACGCUGGUCAACGUGAGCCGGGACGACAACGGUUUCACUCUCACCUGCAUCUCUGAGAAUGUGGUUGGCAUGACCAAUGUGUCCCUUCAGCUGGCUGUGCUCUUUCCGCCUGUAAUCUUGAAGCUGGACGAGCCGGAGCGCCGCCAUCACACCUGUAUGGAGUUCACAGUGAGAGGAUUCCCUCAUCCCACACUGCGUUGGUUUCACAAAGACCGGGAGAUCCUGGAGAGCGAGUACAUCCGCACGGAAAUGGUGGACUACCAAGAUUACUUGGAAGGCUGCUUGACUUUUGAGAACCCAACGCAUUACGACAAUGGAAACUACACUCUUGUAGCCGCUAACUCCCUGGGUUCAGUCACUAAAACUGUGUACGGAUAUUUCCUAGAGCCGCCGUUCAUCGAAGAUGAAGGCAUAAUUGAGUACACUCCAUCGCCUGAAGAUGAGGCGAAGAGACCGGAAGAAGACUCGUUUGGGAUGUCGAUUGCUGUGCUUCUGGCUGGGUUCGGUUGCGUGUUCCUCAUUGCUAUUUUUGUCCUCAUCAACAAAUACAGCAGACGCAACAAAUUUGGGAUAAAAGGUCCUGUAGCAGUUAUCAGUGGGGAGGAAGACUCGGCCAGCCCCCUUCAUCACGUCAACCAUGGGAUCGUCACGCCCUGCUCUAUGGAUGCGGGACCCGAUGCUGUCAUCAUCGGCAUGAGUCGUAUUCCUGUCAUAGAGAACCCGCAGUACUUCAGACACGGACAUAACUGUAACAAGCCAACCACCUAUGUGCAGCACAUUAAGCGGAGAGACAUUGUUUUGAAGAGAGAACUCGGAGAGGGGGCUUUCGGGAAAGUCUUUCUGGCCGAAUGUUACAACCUCAGUCCCACCAAGGAUAAGAUGCUGGUAGCUGUCAAGACUCUCAAAGACCCGACGCUAGCGGCCCGAAAAGACUUCCAGCGAGAGGCUGAGCUCCUCACCAACCUCCAACAAGAGCACAUCGUGAAGUUCUACGGCGUGUGUGUGGACGGCGACCCUCUCAUCAUGGUGUUUGAAUACAUGAAGCAUGGAGAUCUCAACAAAUUUCUGAGAGCUCACGGUCCAGACGCCACGAUCCUGGUGGAUGGUCACCCGAUGCAGUCUAACGGAGAGCUCGGCCUCUCGCAGAUGCUUCAUAUCGGCACGCAGAUAGCGGCAGGGAUGGUGUACCUGUCCUCUCAGCAUUUCGUGCACCGUGACCUGGCCACCCGCAACUGCCUCGUGGGGAACGGGCUGCUGGUGAAGAUCGGAGACUUCGGGAUGUCCAGAGAUAUUUACAGUUCAGAUUACUAUCGGGUGGGAGGCCACACCAUGCUGCCCAUACGCUGGAUGCCUCCGGAGAGCAUCAUGUACCGGAAGUUCUCCACGGAGAGUGAUGUAUGGAGCUUCGGAGUCAUUUUGUGGGAGAUCUUCACUUACGGAAAACAGCCAUGGUUUCAGUUAUCUAACAGCGAGGUCAUUGAAUGCAUUACUCAAGGUCGGGUUCUAGACAGGCCUUGCCUGUGUCCUAAAGAAGUGUACGACCUCAUGUUAGGCUGCUGGCAAAGAGAGCCGCAACAACGACUGAACAUCAAAGACAUUCAGAAGGUCCUUUACGCUCUGGGCAAAGCCACUCCUGUCUACUUGGACAUCCUCGGCUGAGACGGGCGCUGCCGGUAUCCAAUCCAGGAGUAACCAAACGAUCCCCGCAUCGACUGGAAGAACACUUCGGAGAAGAACUUUAAGUGCCUGCAACCUUUUUUUCGAUACACUGGGUAUACAUAAAACGAAAAAAUAUUUAAAAACAAACUUUUACAUUUUGUUUACUGGUACAGUAUAUAGUGUACAGAAUUAUUCUACAAAGAUGACGAUUUUCUUAAAGUGAUGGAGAAAUUGCGCUAGGAACGUGUUGCCUUCGGUGUGGCGGCGCCGUGUUUGAGAAGCGACGAUUUUCAGUGUUUCAUUUUAUAGACAUAUAUACACAUAUAUAUGAAUAUAUUUUUAUUUAUCCGCUUUCAGUUUGAAGGUGAAGUAUGGGUGCCUGUCGUGUUUAGUGCUGUUGAUAUAUUAUCUUUUCGAGAUGGCUGCUCUUUGGUUGCGCUCUGCUACUGGGAUUACGUGAGGAAAGCCUUAUUAUUGCGAUUUUUUUUGUUUUGUUUUGCCGAUGCUGCGUUCAGCAUCUUUUCUCUUAUUUGUCUCGCAACUUUAAUUUCAUGAUACACAGCUCUCGAGCGGGCGACUUUGAAUCUUUAGCAUACUAAAACGUUGAUAUAUUUUCAUUGUAUGUGAUUGUAUAUACUGUACAUUUAUAUACUUGUCGACCUGUUAACUUAUUUUUUUAUGUGUUUGGUUUUUUUUUCAACACAAGGCUUGUGAUGUACACUUUGUAAAGGGCCAGCCAGGAGAGAAUAUAAAUAUCACACGGUAUCUUAAAGCGAGCUCUCGCAGCUCUUUCAAAUACAGGGUCUAAUAUCGUUUGGGCGAAGAUGUUUUCCACCCGUCAUGGCCGAGUCUAUAAAAUACUUUGCAUCACCAAAACUCAAUGUGGUACAAUAGGAACUGAAUAGCAGGCUUGACGUCACUCGCAUCCUAAAAUGCCACCUGUUUAAAUUAAUGUUUCGCAGUCUUCAUAGCAUUCAAUAUCAAUGCCAUCGCAUCUAAAGUUAUAACAAUUUCAUGAUGUAGUUGUCUGUAGCUAAAACAGUUCUUUGUUAUUUGAGGGGCUGUUCUUCUGAGAUGUUCGUCGACGCAACGCCAAAUCUUUUGGACAUCAGGAGUUCGAUGGCGACGGAUUCUCUUGCCGCUUUGCAGUACCACAGAUAUUUGCAAACGACAUAUAAAAAUGUAUGUUUAGAUUAAGUAUUAAAUAAAUAUCAGAACCUCGUCAGUUCAAGUCUUCUCUGCUC